AUGGGCAACAUUGCGGACAAGGCCAAGGCGACGGGGAAACAGUCCCAACGAGGCACUCUCCCUGACAAGUUGCUACGGUUGGAGAAUCUUGACGUCGACAUUCCUCCCGAUGACAUUGUGCAGACUUUGACCUCUGCUGCUGCCAUAAACGAUGACGACAACAGCUACCUACCGUUCCUCGGCCAGAUUGACCUGCGGAAUGCCGUCGCUGAGCAUGUGAGUUCCAUGACCCAAAGGGCGGUCGAAUACAAUGGUGAGGGAAACUGCAUCAUCACGGCCGGGGGUCUCAGUGGUAUACUCAACACCCUUCUGGCUACCGUGGAAGAAGGGGAUGGUGUUCUCUUGCCGGGACCUGUGUACGCCGGACUGCUCAAUCGUGUCCGGCUCGCUGGGGGAGUCCCACAUCUGGUCCCCCUCCAUUUUCAUCCGGGAGAAUUGUGGUCCUUGGACCGGCAGAAGCUGCGAGAAGUAGUCGAGUCGCCAGACAACAAGAUAACCACGAUGCUUCUGAUGUCCCCGAGCAUGCCGACCGGCGCUUACCUCGACCGGGGAGAUUGGUCGCUCAUUGCUGAGCUUUGUGUCAAGCAUGAUAUCCUGUUGAUAUAUGAUGCAGCCAUGGAGCGUCUGCUAUUCGACAACUUGCAGGUUAUUCACCCAGCAUCCCUGCCCGAUAUGGCGAAUCGGACCAUAACCGUAGGCUCGGCCUCGAAAGAACUGCGCAUGAUCGGCUGGCGAGUAGGCUGGAUUGUCGGUCCCGAGCACAUUAUGCAGGAUAUCGGCCUAGUGUCAAUGGCCAAUGUUGUUGUCCCUGUAGGUAUUGCGCAACUAGCUGCGAAGGAGGCCCUUCAAAAGUCCAAGACAACGAUUGCCGAUUAUGUUCACGAACUGCAGCUUCGGAGGGAUCUGUGCCUGAAGGAACUCGAGGGAUUGCCCGUUGCUAAGCCGAGCGGAGGAUGGUCGCUGUUGUUGCGUGUCGACACGCUGGGUUGGAGAGCCGAUGCUGCCGCGGAAGCACUCCUGGAACAAGGAGCCUGCGUCACCCCGAUGGUCGGCUGGGGCUCUGAUGAAGAAUCUCAGUAUAUACGGAUUGUCUUCUCGAACGAGCCACGGGAUAGAUUAGCUGGGCUGGGCAAGAUAGUCAGGCAGGCAUUGCUCAAGUGA